AUGUACACUAACAGCACAGUGCCACACAACCAGAUCGCACAACUUCCCCCCACAAAAACACUAACAAGAACCACCGACGCCACAACAGACCACGACAACUGUGCACCAACAACAAGCCGAACAAACGUGCCACACCAACGCCUCCCAACAACGACCACGCCCCAAAACCACAGAACCGACGACGCUGGCACCAACCAGCACAGUGCCUCCAAACAACCAAACCAACAACGUCACAGACAACACCCCCCACAACUGUCCACCAAACAACCGGCCAACCAACACAAACCCCGACAACUGCCAAAACAGACCCACAACUGUGCCACCAACACCGCAGCCCCAAAACCGAACAGCCGAACGUGCAACCACAUCCCACCAACAACAGACACAACACGGCCCCAAAACGCGCCUCCAGCAACAGAACCGCCGAAAAACUGGCACCAACCACCACAACGUGCCACCAAACAGAACCAGGCCACAAUGUCCAAACAACGCAAACUGGCCACCAACAACAGAACCCCGACAACGUGCCACACACAACAGACUCCCCCACAACCACCAACCAAAACCCACAACUGUGCCACAACACCAAGUCCCACAACAGCACCGACAACAGACCGCCAACACCUGCCACCAACACAGAAACGCCGACAACGACCACCACAACGUGCCCCACCACACAGCACCUCCAACAAGACCAACCACCACAGUGCCACCAACACAACCACCAACCCACAACGUCAACCAACCACCACAGCCUCCAACAACAGAACCGCCGACAACGUGCCACCAACCACCAAGCCCAACAAAAACCGCCGACAACUGUGCCACCAACAAACCGCAACAAAGACCCAACAACGUGCCACCACACAACCAAACCGACAACUGGACCAACCACCACCAAACCGACCGACAAUGUGCCACCAACCACCCCAAGUGCCUCCACCAACAACGACAACUUGCCCCACAAAGCCCAAACUGCCCGACAACGUGCCAACCACCACAGGCCACCAAAACAGAACACCGACAACUGUGCCACCAACCACCAGGCCCCAAACAACAAGAACCGCACACACUGUCCACCAACAAAAGACCCCACAAACCGCCAACACCGUGCCACCAACAACAGACCCGACAACUGACCACCACAACGGCCACCAAACAGAACCCGACAACUGUGCCACCAACCACAGAACCGCCGACAACGUGCCACCCAAAAACAGAACCGCCGACAGCCCCACCCACAGUGCCACCAACCGACAGAACUGUGCACCAACCACCAACCCCAACCACAAACCGCCACACUGGCCACCAACACACGUGCCACCAACAACAGAACCGCCGAAAUCUGUCCACCCACACCAACAGGCCUCCAACAACAACCGCCGUCAACCACCAAAACCACACAACUGCCCCACAACCCCACAAACCACCGCAACUGGCCACCAACCACCACAGUGCAACAAACAGCCAAAACCCACAACCCAUGUGCCACAAAAAACAGCCGACAACUGUCACCAACACCACAGUGCCCCAACAACAGAAACGCCGACAACUGUGCCACCACCCACACCACCAACAAAACGCCCACUCGGCCACCAACACAAAACCCGACAACUGUGCCCACCAAACAGAACAGCCGACAACUGUGCCACCAAACCACAGCCAACCACCACAAAGUGCCACAACGUGCCACCAACCACACGACCACCACAAGUGCCCCAACAACGGCCCAACCAACCACAGCCCAACCACAACCGCCACAUGUGCCACCAACCACCAACCCCCCAAACUUGCCACCCCAACGUGCCCCAACCACAAGGCACCAACAACCGGCACGACAAAACGCCACACGUGCCACCAACCACCACACCGACAACUGAUCCCAACCACGUGCCCCCAACCACGACAGCCCCAACUGCACCGACAACGUGCCCCAACCACCACAGCCCACAACAACAGCCGACAACUUGCCACCAACCACACAGUGCCACAAAACACAGCCCCAACUGCACAACCCACAACUGCACCAACAACACCACAGCCACAACCAACACCACAACGUCCCCAACCAAAACGGACAACCCACCAAACCACAUGCCACCAACACAAACAGUGCCACCAACCCCAGUGCCACCAACCACAGUGCCCACAACAGAAAGGCCAAACACUGUGCCACCAACCACACGCACAAACAAACCCCAACCACCCCAUGUCCACCAACACAACGCCGACAAACCACAAACCCCACAGUCCCCAACCAACACCACAACUGCCAAAACCCACAGUCCCCAACCAAAAGUCACCAACACACGGCCACCAACAACAGCCCCAACAACCCCAACCACCACAGUGCCCCAACACCAAGCACCACAACUGGCCCCACACGUCACCAAACCACAAGUCCCCAACAAAGAACAGCCGACAACUGUCCCAACCACCCGCCCCAACAACGCCAAAACUGUACCACCACAACGGCCUCCAACAACAGAACAGCCGACAACUGCCACCAACAACAAACGCGACAACUGGCACCAACCACACAGGCCUCCACAACAGAAAGCCGACACACCACCAACCACCACAGUGCCACCAACAACAAACCGACAACUCUGGCCACCAAACAACAGAACCCACAACGCACCAAAACAGAACCGCCACCACAACUUCCAACAACAACGCCACAAACCCCCAACCACCCCCGUGCCAAAAACCACAACGUGCCACAACAACAGUCCCCGAACAACACAACACCACAUGCACCAAACACCAACAGUGCCUCCAACACAAACCGACAUCUGUGCCAACAACCCCAACACCCAAGCCCAAAACAGACCAACCCGACAACUGUGCCCAACACAACAGCUGCAAACUUCAACCCCCGACCAAAACCGACACAGUGGCACCAACAACACGACCACAAGAAUUCCGCAACAACCCCCAACCACAAUGCCUCAAAAACGACAGCCAACGGAUCCAACCACCACUGCCACCAACACAGGCCCCAACAAAGAAUCCCACAAUAAACACCACCAGGUCCACCAAAAACUCGCCGAGGCAACCCGUGCCACCACACAGCGCCACAACUGA